AUGAAGCCCACAACUUCCUUGUUAGCCUUGGCCCUGGGGGCCUUCCAAGCCACCGCAUCUCCAACCCCUGUCGAUCAAGAGCUGGCUCCUCGUGCUACGCCAACUCUCUACUUGUGCGGUGACAGUACCAUGGCCAAGAACGGCGCCAACGACGGCGACACCGACGGCUGGGGGCAAUACAUCGGCAACUACGUCUCUAUCACGACAGUCAACAACGCCAUCGGCGGGCGGUCCGCACGCUCGUACUGGGACGAGGGUCGGUUCGCAACCGUAGCAGCGUCCGUCCAAUCCGGCGACAUCGUCGUGAUCGAAUUCGGCCACAACGACGGCGGCACGCCCGAGUCGGCCGACAACGGCCGCUCCGACUGUCCCGGGGCCGGCACCGAGACGUGCGUCUCUGACGCCACGGGCGCGACCGUCUACACCUUUGUGUUCUACGUCGUGCAGGCGGCCAAGCUGAUGACUGCGAAAGGCGCCACCGUGAUCCUGUCGUCGCAGACGCCGAACAACCUCUGGGAGACGGGCGCCUACGUCUACAGCGCGCCGCGUUUCGUCGGCUACGACCUGACGGCGCAGAAAUCGCUGGGCAGUGCGAGCGUCACGUUUGUCGACCACUUCCAGGCCGUUGCGAAUGUGUAUGCUAAGCUUGGCAACGCGGCAACCAACGCCCUUUACCCCAACGACCACACGCACACGAGCCCCGCGGGCGCCGACCUGAGCGCCCAGGCCUUUGCUGAGGCUAUCAGCACGGCUAUGAACGGCACCACGUCGCUCGAGUCGUAUGUCAAGAGUGGCAACCCGACACCGUACCGCUUGGUCAUCAAGCCGGCCUUCUUCCACUUCUUCCGCUGCAUCGACCCUGGCAAUUCGGCGCGGCGGUGCGGAUCGAACAGCUACGGCUUCUCCUGGAACUCGAAAUCGAUCCGGCUGUUGACAAUGAACAAGUACUCGGAGGUUGAGCGGAUCGCCGACCUGAAUCGGCCUCAGGCGCAUCCGGCAUUCUGGGAAGCCGGCGGGCGUAUUCCCAAAAAGGAAGAAAAGUCACGGUCAGAUGCCAGUGUUGGCCGUAUGAUCCGCGAGGAGUACGGGCCAGAAGAGUUCAUCGCCGCAAAGCUCGAGUUGAUCAAGGAGGCGGCAUUCGCCCAGGUCCAGGCUCGCAAUUCUCCGUACGAGAAGAAAGGACCUGCCGGCGGACCCCUAUAUCCACGACCGCGCGCUGGUCUGCAUGGCAUCCCCGUGCUGCGGGAGCUGGACUGGCUGGACUGGAUGCCUAAUGGGGUAUACCUGUUCUUCUCGCCAACGGCGCCAACGGCGCCAACACGCGGACUAUCCACGAGAUCAUUGUCGCAGCGCAGGCUCGGCGCGGCCUUGGUCUAUUUCCCCUGCUGUGUGUAA